AUGUUACGUGGAUAUAAAAAAAGCCCAUCAAAACUGCCGGCUGUUGCCAGGCGCAGUCAUAAUGGUAACCUUUACAAGAAAGAGCGGUCACCGGCUGUUGCCAGACAUGAGCAUGCUCUACUUAAAGAGCGGUCACCGGCUGUUGCCAGACAUGAGCACGCUCUACUUGUACUUCUAUCACAACUGUCAGCUGUUGCCAGAGCACAGAGUAAUAGGGUUGCAAAGGGAGGUCUCGCCUUCACACUUCCAUGGGUCAACUACCGGCUGUUGCCAGGCGUAGUAGUCAUGGAUAUAGGAAUAUCUUUAUGGCAAAAACGCAAACAUAAGGAAAUCACUGAGGAUUUCGUUUCUGAAAAUGCGAAAUAUAUAUCACUUCAAAAUACCAUUAAUCAAAACCAAAGAGCCCAAACGCCUUUACACCAGUCACGGGCUCAAAUGCCUCCGCACCAGUUACAAGCUCAAACGCCUCCGCACCAGUCACGGGUUCAAACACCUCCACCUAGGUACAUUGAAUCAAUCCAGAUCGUAUGCGUGUUUGGCACAAAUAAAUCUAAAUCGAAGGAACUAGUAGGAAAAGAAUUGGCAAAUAAGAUAUCCUCAUAUCGAAAGCGGAUACCUUCCACCUGGACAAGUGGUUUAGAGAAAUACUUGAAGGAUGCAUUUAAUAAAACGGAAAAACAAUUCAAAUUGGUGAUACAAGAGGAAAUAAUAGGAGAGGACGGAAACAAAUUCAGAUUAUACUGCGAGAAAGUGUUGAUGGAAUUUUAUAAUCUAGUCGAUGUUUUCCUAACACUUUCGAGGAAUAUCAAAGAAAGAAAGUUUACAAUAUACCAUAUUUCACCCUUUUUAAAGUUAUAUAAAUUCACUUUUGGAACCUUAGAAUUCAACUGGAUAGAAUCUCAUGUGCAAUCAGCAAAAAUUAUGAAGUCUCCGAUUGAUUCAGGAAUCGUAUUAGUAGACGUUAAUGGAGUUUGGGUCAGAGAUUACAAAGAAAUCUUUCACAUGGAGGUCUCGGGAUCACCAAGCAACCCGACAAUUCGUCAUACUACAGGUGAUACAAAGAAGACAUUACACACUGACAUAUUGAAUUUAGUGGACGUUUUAAGAGAUCAUCUUGAUCUUGAUAUGAAGUUAGCAAAAGAAGUUAAAGUGUAUAGUAUGCAAGUCAUUGCAUAUCGGCUGACAUUGUAUGCCCUUAGUAUAAUGGAAGACAGCAGGUUUGUUGCAUAUGAGCUAUCAUCUGUGGAGUUGCCAUUUGACUUUGAUUCACGUUCAAAGUACAUGGCAGUCCUGCGGAUAAUGGCUAUUUUCCAUGACGAAAUGGUCCAACAGGCAGUUAUCAUGAACAAAAUAGAUAGUAUUCUCAUUCCUUCCGAAGGUACAUGUGUUCGAGAUGUCUUGAAAAUUCCGGAAAACUUGUGA